AUGCGUUACUCGUACCUCGCCCUCCUUUUCUGGGUAUUUGCUGUCCAUUUGGCCGGAAUUUAUCUGUUCACAGGAGGAUUUUUGCUCACCCGUCUCUCGCUUUCCGACCUCUCAUUUCGUUCAGAACACCUCUAUGGCGAUAUAAAACCAACUCAUAGGCGUGGAAUUCUCCUAAUCAUCGACUCGUUGCGGUUCGACUUCGUGUCACCCGACCCUCCAUCACCACCAUCACCGUUCCACCACGGCAUCCUCACGCUGCCGCGAGAGUUGACCAAAACGCGUCCAAAUCACUCAUUUCUCUUCAAUUCGUAUGCCGACCCGCCGACUGCGACGCUGCAGCGCAUCAAGGGCAUCACGACGGGGUCGUUGCCCACGUUUGUGGACAUUGGAAACAACUUUGGAGGGUCGUCAAUCACAGAGGAUUCGAUUGUGACGCAGUUCAGGUUGCAAGGGAGAAGCAAGCUGGCUUUCAUGGGUGACGAUACGUGGAUGUCUAUCUUCCCAGACGGGUUCUCUCCCAACAUGACGCACCCGUACGACUCCUUCAACGUCGAAGACCUUCACACAGUGGACGAGGGGGUCAUCCGGCACCUGUUUCCUCUCCUCGAAGACCAAUCCAAACCAUUCGACUUCCUGGUCGGCCAUUUCCUCGGCGUCGACCACGUUGGUCAUCGAGUAGGACCAGACCAUCCGAGCAUGAAGGCAAAGCUGGAGCAGAUGAACGAUGUGCUGACACGCGUAGUGGAAGAAAUGGAUGACGAUACACUUUUGGUGGUGUUAGGCGACCAUGGGAUGGAUCGGUCAGGAGACCACGGCGGAGACGGUGUUCUCGAGACAUCAGCGGCGACGUGGAUAUACAGCAAGACGAUCCCGUUAACCGACACCUCCAAACGCCUUCCAGGCGGACUCUUGCAAUACCGCACCUUCCCAGAUGCUCCGAAGGCCCACCGCGCCAUUCAGCAGAUCGACAUACUCCCGACCAUGGCACUCCUCCUUGGCCUCCCAAUUCCUUACAACAACCUCGGCACGGUCAUCCCAGAGCUUUUCUGGCGCGAGAGCCAGCUUGGAAAGGCCCUGGAGGCCAAUGCUGCUCAGAUUAUGAGUUACCUCGAGACCUAUCGCGCAAGUCCGUCUGGCCAUGAAAUGGACGAUGCAUGGCCGGAGUUGCAGUCUACGUAUGCAAACCUUCUUUCGAAAGGCACAGAUGAGGCGAAGUGGGUCGCACUAAUCAACUUCAACCGUGUUGCUCUUGCUGCCUGCAGGGCGAUGUGGGCACAGUUUAACCCCUUGCUCAUGGCGCUAGGAUUGUCGUUGCUGGGCAUGGGGCUUUGUGCAACGUGGGCCGUAUAUUCAGGACUAUCUUCACAAAAGCAGGAUAGAGAAGGAUGGGUAUGGGGUCGUUUGAAGGCUGCUGGUGUGGGUGGCGUUGUUGGAUCGGUCUCAGGUGUUAUUGGCCACAUUGGCUUCGCCUCCCUCAUGGCCGGAGUCAGGAUGUCAGAAUCGACGCUAUUUGGCGCAGCAUUGGCCUCUUCAAUCGGGCUAAUUAUCUCAAGUCAACCAAUAAUUUCCUUUGAAGACCUCAAGUCCACACCGCUCAUCCUCAUCCUUCAUGCUGUCGCCUUCUUCUCCAACUCGUUCACAUUCUGGGAAGACCGGAUCGUGCCCUACCUCCUCUUUUCCUCCAUUCUCUCAUACGUACGUGUCGGAUUCUCUGCCCCAACGCCCCGCCUCCGAUAUCGUAUAUUCGGCUUCUCGUUCCUGUUCGCAGUGUGCGUUCGGCUCAUGUCGAUCAGCACGAUUUGCAGAGAGGAGCAGCAACCCUAUUGCCACGUCACGUUCUUUGCGUCCUCGUCGCUUCCAUCCCCACCUGAACUAGUGCUCUACCUUGCAGUUCCAGUUGCAGCGCUCCUACCUUUCGUGGUUAAGCGGUUCUUAAAAAUCACCCGUUCCGAGUUGGGCAUCGCGAAGACCUAUCUUCCGACCGUGUUAACACCUGCACUCAUCGCUGGAGCUGGGUAUUGGGUCAUGGAAUGGGCUGAUUCGGCCUCAGUGUUGGGAGAUGAGAUGUCUACGACGUUGAGGGCAGGCAGGACCCUGAUAGCAAGGUUCGCAUUCGGUUGGACCGUUUUCGUCGGGGUUGGGUUCUGGUGGCUCGUGCCCCUAUGCCUCGACAUUCAAGUGACGGUUGUCGAUCAGAAGAAGCAAGUCAAGGUCCUGGGUUUCGCCAACGCUUUCGGUGCACCGUACCUCAUUUUCUGGACGUUGUUCUUUGCCCUCGUCUAUAUCUCGACACAACUUACCGGCCAGUUGGUGCUGGCAUUAGCAGCCGUCGCCCUCAUCGCCUUCCUCGAAGUACUCGACAGCACACGAGACGUGCAAGGCAUCGAAGCUGCCCUCAACGCUUCCGGUCCGUCAGCCAUGCUAGAUCCCAACUCUGCAGUAACCCUUUCGCCUCAAAUGCGCUUCGCGGACGUCAUUCCUAUCGCAUUGCUCGGUCUGCAUGCAUUCUUCGGCACCGGCCACCAGUCAACGAUCUCGUCCAUUCAGUGGAAGUCGGCAUUCUUGUUGACACCGACAGUCAGCUAUCCAUUCUCCGUUAUCACCGUGGUACUCAACUCGAUCGGGCCAGUGUUCCUGUGUGGGCUGGCUGUCCCUCUGGCCGGGUUGUGGAACCGAGCGCCGUUGCCUACGGUGACGAACACCCAACCGAGCGAAAGUCCUCAAGAUGACACCACCAACGGGUUCACUCCGACGGCAAAGACAGAGUCAACCCCAGACGCACAGAUUGCCUCGGAAAGCACGGUAGCCGCGUUAGGAGUCAUGAUAUAUUAUUCAACACUGCUCCUCGGCACGUCAGUUAGUGCUGCCAUUCUGCGGCGACAUCUGAUGGUGUGGAAGGUAUUUGCACCGCGGUUCAUGACCGCUGUUCUUGAAUUGCUGGCGGUAGAUGUGGGGGUGCUAGUAGGAAUGGGAAUCGGGGUGCAUAGGAUUGCUGGGAAGAUGAGGGAGAUUUUCCGAGGCCCAAGGACAGCGACUCUGUAG